UUAAUAUCCCUGAAAGUGGGAGGAAUUGGAGAAGGAGGCGGAGAAGUCCAGAGAGAAGGAAGGAAGGAAGAAGGAAGGAAGGAAGGCCUCUCUUUCCUUUGAGCCUUGGAGGGAAUUUCUCUUUGCACCAAACGGGCUGAACCACGAGAAGAGCACUGUCUUUCUCUCCUGGUCUGGUGGCAAGGCCUUUCUCGAUAGCCGAAGGAACCCACCAACUCCGAGUCGUUCCAUAAAAGGAGCCAUUGCUUCAAUUCUUCCAAAUUUCUACCAAGGCAGAGUUUGAGAAGAAACCUAUUUUGCCAGGAAACUCGGUAGCCCAAAGGACCGUUGCUUGCUGCUUGCUUUUGUGUGCAAAGAAGCCCAUGCUAGAACAAUGAAGGAGCCAGAACCAUCAACCCUGGAAGCAGAAACCAGCAGUAUCAUUGAGGUGGAAAAUGUGGCCGAACUACCCAAGGGAAGAGUAUUGCAAGGUGAGAAAUUGGACCCUUUCAGAACCGGGGAACAAUGCUGGAAAAGUCAUGCGCCGGAGUUUCUGAGGACACGGCAACCUGUUCUCCCAGCGAUGGAAGAGAUGCCCCCGUGGGAUGACACCAAGGCCUUCCUGGCCUCCUUCGAGCAAGUGGCCAAAGCCUGUCGGUGGCCAAAGGAAGAGUGGGCGGCCCGUCUUUUGCCGUCAUUGAGCGGGGAAGCAGAGCAGGCCUUUCAGAGCCUGGAAGCCAGCGAGAGGCAGGAUUACGGGAAGCUGAAGGCGGCGAUCUUGAGAGCGGAGGGCCAGAGAAUGGAGGCUCAGCGUCAACACUUCCGGCACUUCCGCUGCCAGAGGGUUGAAGACCCUCGAAGGAUUUACAGCCAAGUCCAGGAGCUUUGCAGUCGGUGGCUGAAGCCGGAGAGACGCAGCAAGGAGCAGAUCCUGGAGCUGCUGGUCCUGGAGCAAUUCCUGGCCAGUCUUCCCCAAGACCUGCAAGGAUGGAUCCGAGACGGAGGACCCGAUACCUGCUCCCAGGCCGUGGCCUUAGUGGAGGACUUCUUGAGGCCUUUGAAGGAGGAGGAGGAGGACACGGCCACGCUGGAUUCAGGGGAGCAGCCCUUGAGGAAUGCAGGGGAGGAGACCGUCAACGAAACCCCCCAAAACUGUGACAUGGAGGUUGAGCUGCUUGGUGAUGCAAACAAGCAGCCAGGUCUUCCAGGUUCAACUCUUGUCGAAGAACAAGGAGCGAUGGAAACUGGGCCAAAAGAAAGCUCAGUGAAGCCCAACAAUGCAAGAGGUGUGACAUCGCAUGCCGUGGUGCCAACUGUGUCUCAGCCCAAGGCACUGAUCGCCUUCUGGCAAAUCCAGCAGGAGAACUGGGGGAAGGCCAUUGGUUUUGGUGAUGGGAAGGAAACUCGGGACAAGACAGUGAAUCCUCAGCUGGAAAGAAACAAACCAGAGGACGCUCCCAGAACAGCCCUGCAAGAAAACGUAGGACAUGUGAUGGUGAAGAAGGAGGGCGAAGAAGAAAGAUGUGAAUUGGAGCAACGAAGCAAGCGGUCUUUGGAGAUCAAGACUGAAUGCAUGGAACUCUCCGAAACGCAUACAGACGCCCCGACCCCAGACUCCAUAACAAAGACAAGGGAGAAAAUGCCGUUGUUCUCCAAAUACGGUCGAAAGUAUCGCUCUGUGUCGGCAUUUGACGCGAUCCUUGCUGACAAAGCCCGCAACGGCUCUCCUGCGUCAGAGGGAACCGUCCAACGAAACAAAGCUCGUAAAACCUUAAGAGGCAAGAGAAGGUUCAGUCUCAAUGAAUAUGAGGGGAGAGAUGGCGUGCAAACACAGAUUUGGACUCGAACCAAAGAGACAGGUACUAAAUCCGAUGGGUUUGAGGUGAACUUGAGUUUCUCGGAACCGCACCAGAGCGACCCGGGAACCCAGAGCGACCCAGGAACCCAGAGCCAAGCGAAGCCGUUCCAGUGUUGGCAGUGCGGGAAGCAUUUCAAAAACAGGGUCUCUGUGAACCGACACUUGCUUGUCCACACCGAAGACAGGCCGUUCGGGUGCCCGCAGUGCAACAAAUUCUUCCGCUUCAAAAGAGAUGUCAACCGGCAUCUAGUCACCCACACGCGGGUGAAGUGCCUCGAAUGUGACAAAUCGUAUUCCCGAAAGGAUUCCUUGGCUAACCAUCGGAAGUCUCACCAUCCCAGAAGACCAACCCAGAGAAGCAAAGCUGUGCAAAAAGAGUCUCCAAGAAAUCUACUUUUCAAAGUUGAUCGUUUCCAGUUGACGAUUCAUUCAAGAGAGCUGGCCAUGAAGGAAGAAAAUCUGCUGUUGGCCAGAAGAGCUUCCCAUGACUAUAUGGCAGAAAAACCAGAUUCGGGGGGAUUACGGGAAGAUAAGUGGAAACCAUCCAAAGGGAUCCAGCAACAUUGGGAAAGCCAAUGGCAGGAGUUCACGAAGAUGCCGCAACCCAUUCCGACAACAUGGGAAACCCCAGAAAGCACCCACUGGGAGGAUGCCAAGGCUUUCCUGUCCUCCUUCGAGCAAGUGGCCAAAGCCUGUCGGUGGCCAAAGGAAGAGUGGGCGGCCCGGCUGUUGCCCGCCUUGAGCGGAGAAGCAGAGCAAGCCUUUCAGAGCCUGGAAGCCGCCAACAAGGAAGAUUAUGGGAAAGUGAAGGCCGUCAUCUUGAGAGUGGAUGCCCUGAAAACGGAGGCCCAGCGCCAACACUUCCGGCAGUUCUGCUGCCGGGAGGUUGAGGAUCCACGAAAGAUGUAUGCUCAGCUCCAGGAGCUUUGCAGUCGGUGGCUGAAGCCGGAGAGACGCAGCAAGGAGCAGAUCUUGGAGCUGCUGAUCUUGGAGCAAUUCCUGGCCAGUCUUCCCCAAGACCUCCAAGUCUGGAUCCGAGGCGGAGGGCCGGAGAGCUGUUCCCAAGCAAUGGCCCUGGCAGAGGACUUCCUCACGAGACAGGAAAAGGAGGCAGAGACAGCGACACCUGCCGAGGGUCCAAUGAAGGAGGAACGUUUGUGUUUCCUGGACCCAGAGGAGGAACCCUCGGACUCUGCAGAGGGACAGGUCUAUGAAGAAACCCAGAAAGGCUGUGGAACUAAAUGCCCAAGUCAUUACAAUGCAACAUUUCUGGCUGAAGAGCAACAGAUGGGUCAAGCUGGCCUGAGAGAGGGACCAGGGAACCUCCGGGAAACCAGCCUGUCUUUGCAGGUUGUCAAACGGAGCCUGACACAGCCAGGCCAAGACACCAUGGUCUGGCGAGUCUUGCAAGAGGAAGCCGCGGAAAUAAACGCUUUGGAUAUUGGGAAAGGAGGUUGUGUCAAGACGGAGAAUGUUCCAACUGAGGAAAAUGAGUCAGUAGAUAAUGCAACAGUCUCAAAGGGAAUCCAAGGGAAUGUGACCAAGACAACAGAGAUAGGCCAAGAAGGAUUCGGAUCUGAUGAGGAACUGGGGGCUGAUGGAUACAGUGAGCUGACUCCAGAUCCUAUAGCUGCAGCUAGUCAUCCUUCUAAAGUCCUCAGAUGGGAUGAAAUCUCCUUCCAGGGCAGAAACUAUAGCUAUGCAUCAAAAUUUAACGUGGUUUCUACCAGGCAGGACCACAAGGAACAUCCCAGGUCAGAAGAGACCUUCCCACAAAAUUCAUGGUUUGAGAAACAUCAGAGAAAGUUAGCAGAAAAACAUCAAUCUGAAUUGUCCGAGCAUGGAAAAGGAGAUUAUUCGAACACAUAUCGGAGUAACUGUCCAGAAAUGGAACCGAGUAACCAACUAGAAAUGGAUUCAAAUAAGCAUCCAGAAACGGAACCGAGUAACUAUCCAGAAAUGGAACCGAGUAACUAUCCAGAAACUGAACUGAGUAAUUAUCCAGAAACGGAACCGAGUAACUAUCCAGAAACGGAACCGAGUAACUAUUCAGAAAUGGAACUGAGUAACUAUCCAGAAACGGAACCGAGUAACUAUCCAGAAACGGAAUCGAGUAACUAUACAGAAAUGGAACUGAAUUACUUUCCUGCGUUUGGGAGGAGUUUUAGUUAUAUAAAGAGAAACGAGGGGAUUCUCGGUCAAGGGAGAACAUACAAUUGUUCUCAGUGUGGGAAGAGCUUCAAUAAGAAAGACCGUUGGAAAAAUCACCAACAGCUUCAUACCGGUGAGAAACACUACCCAUGCCUCGAGUGUGAGAAACGCUUCACUUCUAAAGAAGUCUUAACCAGGCAUCAGAGGGUUCACACUGGAGAGAAGCCCCACACGUGCGCCCAGUGUGGGAAGUGUUUCAGCCAGAGGGGAGACCUGAAAAGACACCAGAGAAUCCAUACUGCCGAGAAACCCUUCCAGUGCGCCCAGUGCGGGAAAUGCUUCAGUCGGAAGGAACCCCUGCAGAAGCACCAGCGGAUCCAUUCUGGGGAGCGGCCGUACCAGUGCCCCCAUUGCCAGAAACGCUUCCAUCAGUGCGGGGAUUUGAAGAGGCACAGAAGAAUCCACACUGGAGAGAAACCUUUUGAAUGUCCCGACUGCGGGAAAAGCUUCGGUCGGAGAGAACACUUAAAGGGGCACCAGAGGAUCCACACAGGGGAGAAACCGUACCCGUGCCUCGACUGUGGGAGAAACUUUUCUCAGAGAGCAGUGUUGAUCAAACACCAGAGAACUCAUUGGAGAAAUACCCUGUGAAAGUUGAAUGCACUGUCAGUUUUUAAAUUCAGAGAUAUACAUGAUCAAGCAUGAUCCAUACUGAGCAAUUCAGGCCUGAGGAUUUGGCAACCACCUUCUCUAGAGAGCCUUUUUGUUCCCAGUGCAUCCACAGUGCAGAAUUAUGGUUCCAUGUUCUGGAAGGCCCAGUGAUUUGUAGUUUUUGUGGUGUAUCUAGCCUUGGAGCUCUGAGGCCGCAACACCUCAUGGGCAAACUUUGGCCCUCCAGGUGAGUUGGAGUCCAAAACACCUGGAGGGCCAAAGUUUGCCCAUGCCUGAUCUAGGGAUUCCUAGAGAGUUGUUCUCUCAUUUUUAAAAAUGUAUAGCUUUGUUAUUCAGUGUUUUUUUUUUUCCACUUUCAUGGAGGUCCACCAUCCUUAUGUUCUGGGAAAGUGAAGUGCUUAUUGUAAUACUUCUAUUGGAUAUUUGGGAUGUUUAUUGUUCCCUUCCCAGUGAAGGAUUCCUUUUGCAGAGAUUUGUAAUCUUAUUUGCCUGUUUUAAACACACACAAAAACCUUUUUUGCA